GGGGGGUCGGGGGGUGAUUUCUCACUUUGGAUUGGGUUUGCGCGCCUCCGCUGAAGAUUGAACUUUAAAAAAAACAAAAACAGGGGUUUGUUCUGUCGUGUGGCCAGGAAAGGAGAAGGACAACAAAAUCAAUUAAAACAAUGUGUUCCUCCACGCAGCCUCGCGUCUGUGCGGGGCUCGCCGUGGUUGUUCUGCUGGUCUCGACGCUGCAGCGCGGGUGCGGAGCGAGUGCACGGACGUGUCCGCCGCCCUGCGCGUGUUUCGGGACGCUCGUGGACUGCAGUCGACUGAGAAGGGGCCAAACUCCAGCCGCAAUCCCGGAGUGGACGGUUCAGCUGGACCUGAGCCAUAACAAAUUGCAGGUGCUUGACAGCACUUUUUUUUCCAAACUACAACAUCUGACUGAAAUAAAGCUAAACCACAAUGAACUGGAGGCCAUACCCGAUUUGGGCCCGUAUGCUUCAAACAUCACAACGCUCAUUCUAGCAAACAACAGGAUCACCGGGAUCUCUGUGGAGCAGCUCCGGCCCUUCCUCACUCUGGAAACGCUCGACCUCAGCUACAACAACAUUGUGGAUAUAAAGGCCAGCUCCUUCCCCGCUCUGCCCCUCAAGAACCUGUUCCUAAAUAACAAUCGGAUCUCGUCGCUUGAGACGGGCUGCUUCACCAACCUGUCCAGCAGUCUGCAGGUUCUCCGGCUCAACCGCAACCGCCUCUCCGCCAUCCCGGCCAAGAUCUUCCAGCUGCCCAACCUCCAGCAUCUAGAGCUGAGCAGGAACCGCGUCCGCCGGGUGGAGGGCCUGACGUUCCACGGUCUGCACGCGCUCCGCUCCCUCAAGAUGCAGAGGAACGGCCUCAGUCGCCUGAUGGACGGAGCUUUCUGGGGCCUCAGCAACAUGGAAGUCCUGCAGCUGGACUACAACAACCUGACGGAGGUGAAUAAGGGCUGGCUGUACGGCCUGCUGACUCUGCAGCAGCUCCACCUCGGCCAAAACGCCAUCAGCAGGAUCCGACCUGACGCCUGGGAGUUCUGCCAGAAACUCGACGAGCUCAACCUCUCCUCAAACCACCUGUCCAGACUGGAGGAAUCCAGCUUUGUGGGCCUCAGCCUGCUGGACGAGCUCCACAUCGGAAACAACCGCGUCAGCUUCAUCGCAGACGGAGCUUUCCGUGGCCUCUCCAACCUGCACAUGCUGGACCUCCAAAAUAAUGAAAUCUCCUGGACCAUCGAGGACAUGAAUGGGCCUUUCUCUGCUUUGGACAAGCUGAAAAGACUAUUUUUACAGGGCAACCAGAUCCGCUCUGUGACCAAGAAGUCCUUCUCCGGCCUGGACGCGCUGCAGCACCUAGAUUUGAGCAACAACGCUAUCAUGUCCAUUCAAGCGAACGCCUUCUCACAGAUGAAGAACCUGCAGGAGCUACGUCUGAACACCUCCAGCCUGCUGUGCGACUGCCAGCUGAAGUGGCUUCCCGUCUGGGUGGCAGAGCAAACCUUCCUGCCCUGCGUCAAUGCCAGCUGCGCCCACCCGCAGAUGCUAAAGGGCAGGAGCAUGUUCGCCGUCAGCCAGGAGGAGUUUGUGUGUGAUGAUUUCCCAAAGCCUCAGAUCACCGUUCAGCCAGAGACUCAGUCAGCCCUCAAAGGCACCAACGUGACGUUCGUCUGCUCGGCGGCCAGCUCCAGCGACUCGCCCAUGACUUUCGCCUGGAAGAAAGACAACGAGGUCCUGAACGACGCGGAGAUCCACAACCAGGCCCACCUGCGAGUGCAAGGAGGCGCAGGAGGCGAGACGGAAGUGACCGAGUACACGACCACCCUGCAGCUCCGCAACGUGGAGUUCUCCAGCGAGGGGAAAUACCAAUGUGUCAUCUCCAACCACUUUGGAUCAUCCUAUUCCACCAAGGCCAGGCUCACUGUCAACAUGCUCCCUUCUUUCACCAAGAUGCCCAUGGACUUGAGUAUUCGUGCUGGAGCGACAGCCAGACUGGAGUGUGCCGCUGUGGGUCACCCUUCACCUCAGAUUGCCUGGCAGAAAGAUGGAGGUACCGAUUUCCCUGCGGCCCGCGAACGCCGCAUGCACGUCAUGCCAGAGGAUGACGUAUUUUUCAUUGUGGAUGUCAAGACCGAGGACAUCGGCGUUUACAGCUGCACUGCUCAGAACACAGCCGGGGCCAUUUCUGCAAAUGCUACGCUCACUGUUCUAGAAACGCCUUCCUUCCUGCGGCCCCUUAUGGAUCGCACCGUGGCCAAAGGUGAAACUGCUGUCCUCCAGUGCAUUGCCGGCGGCAGCCCUCCCCCGAGGCUGAACUGGACCAAAGAUGACAGCCCCUUGGUCGUGACAGAGCGGCACUUUUUUGCAGCCGCCAACCAGCUCCUCAUCAUCGUCGACGCAGCAGAGGCCGACGCGGGGAAGUACACCUGCGAGAUGUCGAACGCACUGGGCACCGAGAGGGGCAACAUCCGACUGGCAGUCAUAUCGAACCCCAACUGUGACCCGGGCGUGCAGGGCGGAGUCGGGGUCGGCAUCGUGGGCGGGGCAGGGUCGGACGAUGACGGGUGGACCACAGUGGGAAUUGUAAUCAUUGCAGUGGUGUGCUGCGUGGUGGGCACCUCACUAGUUUGGGUGGUCAUCAUCUACCACACCCGGCGUCGGAACGAGGACUGCAGCGUCACCAACACAGAUGAGACCAACCUUCCCGCCGACAUUCCCAGCUACCUGUCCUCCCAGGGCACGCUGGCUGACCGACAGGACGGCUACAUCCCAUCAGAGAGCGGCAGCAGUCAUCAGUACAUGCCGUCGUCAAUUAGUGGCUUCUACCUGCAGCCUAAAGACAUGAACGGUCUUUGUCAGCUGGACACCGGAAGUGAAGCAGACUUGGAGGCAGUCAUCGAUCCUCUGCUCUGCCACUAUCAAGGUCCGAUAGGCUCACUACUUCGCCGAGACAAAAUUUACUCCACUGACCCGUCAGAGGGCUAUUUAGGCUGUUCCAUCGACCAAAGGCCCGUAUGCAUUGACUCCUACAGCGGCAGCUUGCCCAGCUCUAAAAGGAGGGACUACUUCCUGUCUGAGCAUUUUGACCAUGGCUCCUCAGCUGUCCUGAUGCAGCUCCCCAGCGCCGGUCUGCAUCACGGCCCCUCCCACCAGCAGAGUGACUGCCAGCCGUCCUUGGAGGAGGGAGAUGUGAGCGACUACGGCCGUCCACACGAGUGCCUCUCUCCCUGCAACACCUUCAUGGGAACAUUCGGGAAAGCUCCCUGGAAGCCUCCGCAUGACCUGUACACGGGAUUCGGCCCUCCGCCAAUGGCUCAUAAUGUUAUUACUCUGCACGAGAACCCGUACGCCGCCCCUGACGUCGAUUCGGACCACGAGGAGAACACCAAGGAUUCGUCAUCCGAGCAGGGCAGCAGCGUUUACGAACAGCCGUUUGACUACAGAAGGACUGAUCCCCUGCCACAGCGCAGGACGAGCACUUAGCUCUGAGACUUUGCGCUCGUUUUUCAUGGAGAGGACGACCAAAAAAAUUUAAAAUUCUACCUCACUGAAUGGACACUUUUGCAAUAAAGAACUCCUCAAAUGUGCAAAGAGUGAAUGUAAUGGACAAUUUGAUGUUCCUACAGGAACGACAAGGAGCAUAUUAACAGCUGUUCUUUUGAGGACCCAGCUUCUGUUUAAUAAUAUGGAUGAAUAUAUACAUUUUUUAUAUAAAGUUUAUUAUAUUUUGUAAAUUGUAUAUAAACAGAUUCCAUUAUUUUUGCUUACCUUUUGUGUAUGAGUAUUUUUCGCCUUUGCCUGUUUAGUUAUUCCAGCUUUGAAUGAAGCAAUGUUUUGCACAUAUGUAAACAAUAAAAAAAGAACAGCAUAAUGUGUGCUGCUACAUUCA